AUGACUCCACCUUCCCCUUCACCUGUGCCUUCCGCAGUCUCUUCCGCCGCAGCUUCACAACAUUCAUAUGAUCCUCGCGAUGGAGAUGCUUCGGUAACACACGCCGUUGCGGGCAUGAAUCUCACUGCCCAUGCAAACGGAGACCUCCCUCCGGCAGCCUCUCCCGCAAAACCGACUAGAGCCACCAUGGCCGCUCGUCUCACCCGCAUGUUUUCCAGCUCAGGGAAAUCCACACCAUCCAGAGAGAUCAACGAAGGUCCUCGUGACCUAUCCGAUAGUAGCUUAGAAAGUAUCCAGCCUCUCAACGGCAAGACCUCGAAGCCAUCCUCUCAGCCCGCCUCCAGACCCGCUUCCAGACCUGCUUCCCGACCUCCUUCUAGACCUCCCUCGAGAGGAGAAAAUUCCGGAACUCCAUCACGAAACCCCUCGCUCAAGAAUGAACCUGUGGAGAGGUCCGAUAAGAAGAAAGUGGACGAUAAAAAGACAAAAGAUGGAGCUCCAGCCCACAAGCGAUUUGAGGUCCUGACGGAAGCUCUUGGAAACCACUCACAUAACCUCAGAAGCGCUAGACGGCAAGAGAAGCUCACCGAUCUACUGCGGGACAUGUUGGGUGGCCGGAAAAAGGACGACCAUGUGGAUGAGCAACAGCUGUCGCUGAUGUCGACCUGGAUUGAUCAGUUCAAGACGGAGCGUGAUAAGCUGGCUGCUGAUAAGAAGGGUGGUCCCAAUGCCACUGCUUCCCUGGUUGACAAGUACGGCAAGUGUCAGGAGAUUGUGGGUCGUGGUGCUUUCGGUAUCGUGCGUAUCUCGCACAAGGUCGAUCCUCAAGAUUCCAAGUGUGAACAGCUGUAUGCUGUCAAGGAGUUCCGCCGCCGGCCCCAAGAAACCACCAAAAAAUAUCAAAAACGACUGACUUCCGAAUUUUGCAUCUCAUCGUCACUUCGUCACCCGAACGUCAUUCACACUUUGGACCUCUUACAAGAUGCCAAGGGAGAUUACUGUGAAGUUAUGGAAUACUGUGCUGGUGGCGAUCUAUACACUUUGGUCCUUGCUGCUGGCAAGUUGGAAGUCGCCGAAGCCGACUGCUUUUUCAAGCAGUUGAUGCGAGGUGUUGAGUAUAUGCACGAAAUGGGUGUCGCACACCGCGAUCUCAAACCCGAGAAUUUGCUCUUGACCACUCACGGUGCACUCAAGAUCACCGAUUUUGGCAACGGCGAAUGUUUCCGUAUGGCCUGGGAGAAGGAAGCCCAUAUGACCGCCGGACUCUGUGGCUCCGCUCCCUAUAUCGCCCCCGAGGAAUACGUUGAGAGGGAAUUUGAUCCUCGAGCAGUUGAUCUCUGGGCAACUGGAGUGAUCUACAUGGCUAUGCGUACCGGGCGGCAUCUUUGGCGGGUGGCACGCAAGGAUGAAGAUGAAUUCUACCAGAGGUACUUGGAUGGUCGCAAACAUGAGGAUGGAUACGCCCCAAUUGAGACGUUACAUCGGGUAAGACAAGCUAAUCCCCUUCCUGCGGCUGCAGGGCAAAGACUUAUGAAUUCUCAGGCUCGUUGUCGCAAUGUGAUCUACUCCAUCCUUGAUCCCAAUCCUUCUCGCCGCAUCAAUGCCUCACAGGUCCUUAAAUCCGAAUGGGUACGCCAGAUCAAGCUGUGCAAGGCUGGCGAGGAAGGGUUCUAA